AUGACCCCGGAGGUUCAGCGUAAGGCGCAGGAGGAAAUGGAUUGCGUGACCGGCAACGAAAGGCUUCCUGGAUUUCUGGACAGAGGCAACCUGCCAUACAUCGAGAGUGUGGUCAAAGAAAUUCAUCGUUGGUCACCCAUCCCACCGUUCGGUAUGCCACAUUUGGCGGAUGCAGACCUGGUUUAUAAGGACCAUCUGAUCCCGAAAGGGGCAGUUUUGGUUCCGGCUGUAUGGUGGUUUUUGUAUGAUCCCGAGGUGUACAUCAACCCAAGCCCUUUCAGCCCCGAGCGGUACCUGGAGCCUCGCAACGAGCUCGACCCUAUGAAUACACUAGCUGCUUUCAACAUCAGCAAGGCGGUUGAUGAGCAGGGUUUGGAAAUCGAGGCGAAGCUCGAGGCCACACCCGGAAUUGUUAAUCAUCUGGCGGAUUUUCUCUACAACAAUGCGCUGAGAAAUACUGAGCAGGCGGAACUCAUCCAGGCCAUCGAAAUCGAGCUCCCACAGGAAGAGAGCGAUGUCAGCUUGCUUAAAGGUGCUACUAUCGACGCGUACUCUGAUGUCCUCCAUUGA